AUGUUGAGUGAGCAAGUCAAUGGAAAUAAUGUACCACGCAAAUGGUGGCACCAUCGUUGGUUUACAAUCAUUUGCAUCUGCUUUGUCGUUGUGGCAAUUCUUGGAGUUAUACUCACUCUGGUAUUAAAAUUCGCCAUACUUGCACCAAAGAAGCGUGAUAUCACCACAGCAACAUCACCAUCAUCAACGGAAACACCAUCACCACCAUCAUCAACGGGAACACCAUCAUCACCAUCAUCAACGGGAACACCAUCAUCACCAUCAUCAACGGGAACACUAUCAUCACCAACGGCAACAACAGCAUCAACAACGGCAACAACAACACUAUUAGCAACAGCUGGGACCACAACUCAGCAAUCAGGUACGCUGUACACAGACGCUUUUUAA